GUUCCCAGUCCUGGCCGACUUCCUCGCACACAAGCAGGAAAAGACGUUUUCCAGAAGUUUCCUGCACAACAACUUAACCUUUCCCUCUUUGGUGAUUGGUUAUUCCACAUCUCUCCAUUCUGAGUUCCUUUCUGACUUCUAGAAACAAUGGCUCCCAAGAAGCAAAGGAUGGAAGAAAACCAGAAAGAUAUAAGAGGCUUUUUCACAAAGCCAGAUGAUGUUGCUGGUUGUUCCAGCAGCAGAGCCAGAAAAAGACCUGAAGUUUCAGAGAUGGAUCCAACAAAGGUGAAGAAACAAAGGAAGGAAGAUGCUGGAACUUCAGAGCUGGAUGACCAUAAGCAUAAGUUCAGAGUCAAAUUUGGUUCAGACAGUAGAGAAUGCAUGGUUUACUGUAAAAAACAAGGAACUGUUCUUCAGACAAUAAAAUCAGAGCGACCCAAAGAAUAUGACGAAUUCAUAAAGAAAUUAGGGAAAAAGGAAAUAUCAGAUGAAAAUAUGAUAAUUAGUUCGGGUGAAGGGAAUGAUUCCCACAUUGUUGCAACACAUUUUCCUUGUUUUUGUGUGAAGGAAGGAGAGUAUCUGACAAUAACCACAUCAGCCAGAGUGGUUGAGAAACAGACAGAAGAGGCCAGAGCUUUCCUAACAGGAAAGUGUUUUGUUUUCUUCAUCGACAAAGAAGGAGGAGAAAACACCAAAAGUAAAACACAUCUCAUUUUUAGAUGCAACAGAAUUCCUGUACAGUUUAGGUAUUUCUGUGUUUAUGGGGCAAAAGGGAUGACAGUGGAGGAAGCUUUAAGACGGGACGGUCGCUUUGUUGAUGGUCUCACACACUUCACAUUGUCUGAUAAUGAGAAUAAAUUCACUACAAAGUGUACAGAAAUAGUUGACAACCUAGAUGGGAGGAAAUUCCAGAUAUGUCUUCCAAAAACGGGGAAAACAAAAGCAACAAAUCCACCACAAGUAGUUCAAGAGCAAGACUCGACACAACAGACCAGCCAGGAGGAGGAAAAUGCUUCUGCAUCACCCAAAGCACAGAACAUUGAAGUUACAAAGGUUCUAGAGAAUGCAGCAAAGAAUGGUGUCAACUUAAAGAUGGCAAUAGAAAAAUCAGAGAAUCAAGUCGACCAGAAGGAGAUCAUUAAAAUUCUGCGGGACCAGUUUCCAAGACUGAGAGAAAUAAUGGAGAGUAGAUUCACUGAUCGUUCCUAUAAAACAACCCUGAAAAACCUGAAAGAGGAAAAGUUUGGAAAGGUCCAGCAGUCUUUCAGUGAAGCUCAUAGACUUGAGAAGUUGCUGAAAUUGGGCAAAUCUGUCUGUAAAGUCCUUGUUAAGAGAAAGGACUUUAUAGACGAUCAGGGUUCUGAUGUUUGUCAGGGAACAGGCUUUGUGCUGUUUGACCGGUUUGUCCUGACCAGCGCACACCUGUUUGACAAAUGUGUCCAAGGAAAGAACCUGCUGGAUCACAUAUACAUCUCUGCUCGAUUUCAAUAUGAUGAUCUUGACCCAGAGACAAAUUACUUUUACUUCUAUGCUGAAAAAACUUUUAUUGACAUUGACAAUGAGCUGGAUUUUGCUGUACUGGAGCUCAAAACUGAGGGUCAAAAUUUCCUCCAAAACAAACCAGACAAUGUAAAAGUACCAGCAGGGCUGCUGGACAGAUUUGGUCCACUUCCUGGAAAUGGAGAGGCCUGUCUUAUUGGACACCCUGCAGGAAGUGUGAAGAAAAUUGAUCCUACAUGCAUCAUUGAGCCAGAAAAGAGAGAAGAGGCUGUUAAUGAUCAUUUAGCUCCUCAUGAAACAACUUUGGUUACGAUUAUGUCAGUCAUUGAAACAAUUAAAUCUCAAGGCAUUGGGAGCAUAAUGGUUGGUGGAACUAAAGCUGAUAAAGUGGAGACUUACAACACUUUCAUGUAUCAUGGAGCUUCUGGCUCUCCAGUGUUUGGUGCUGAUUGCAGAGUUUUUGGGAUUCACACUGGAGGAUUUACUUACGGGUUUCAAAGGCAUGAAACGAGUGUUAUUGAGUACGCCCAUCCUCUGCUCACUAUAUUUGAAAAGUUUGUGAUUAAUCUGAUAGAAAGUGGAAAUGAUCAGAUGUUGGAGAAGGUUAAAGAGGCAGUGACCAAGAACAAAAACCUUAAAAAGAUCCUGGAUGAUCUUUUUCUCCAGGAUGAGCCGAUGGAGGAAGAUUAGGCCAACUAGAAAUGAUACAGUUCAGGUUAAACGUUUCUGACCAACAUAUUUAACUUUCUCAAGAUUCAGAAAUUUAUUAGCCAGACCUGCUAAAUUCCUGCAGUCACAGAAGACAGUGACUAGGCUGCCAGUCCGUUUCAGAAAAAACAACCAUUUACACAUCUUGGAUAGAUGUGGCUCCUAUCCAAACCUGCAUUAUCAGAAAGAAACCUGAAAAUAUGUGGACAGACCAUCCAGCUCCAUGUAGAAAGGUCCAGUAAAGAUUUGAGUCCAUGACCUGGACAAAGUUAUUAGGUAUAUUUUCUUACCUCCUGGUCCACUAACAGAGAUUCUUCACAAGAAACAACAAAUCAGUUAAAGAUUAUCUGCUCCUCCAUCCGUAACUCAGUCUCUGAGGUGCCUAUCUACGCCGGUCAUUGGGUGAGAGGCGGGUACACCUUGGACAGGUCUCUGUCCACAUUAGAGACCCCUGACCUCUUAUUUGUUGCCUUUUGCACAGCAGAUCGUUGGGUCUCUAACAGGUUCUUAAAUUGGUUUAAUUGGUCCUGAACAAAAAGAAAAUUAACUCACUAAACAGCAGAUAUGAAUUCAUGAUCUACAAACUUUCUGUUUUCCUCUUGUCAUGCUGCUGCUGCCCAAUAAUUUCCCAGUUUCAAUGUCAAUAAAGUACAUUAUCUUC